GCGGGGGCGGGGCCAGGGCGCUGCGGCCGGAUGCUGCUGCGGGGCCUGGCGGGGCCGCGCCGGGGGCCCCCAAAGAGCCCCAGGGGCACCCCACGCCCCCAGCCCGCCGCCAGCUGCAGCCCCCGGGAGCGUUCGGACACCGCAACAGAGCCCGGGGGCACCUCGGGCGCUCCGGGAAGGGACAGCAGGACAGCCACCCCUAAUGGCGACAGGGGGGACCCUCGUGCAGCCCCCCCGGUGCCCCCCCCGCCCACGCACUGCUGCGGGACCGGCUGCCCCAACUGCGUCUGGGUGGGAUACGUGGAGGAGCUGCUGGAGCGGCACCGCGACGGCGGAGCCCAGGCCUUGGCGGCCGUGGAGCAGCACGUGGAGGACGAGAACAUCAAGAUGAUCCUCAGGAUGGAGAUCAGGCUGCGCGCCGGGAAGGACUGAGCCUGCCCAGCCCGGCGGGGGACGCCCGUGGGGUGACGGGAUGCGGGCCUGGGUUGUUUGUGGGGGUUCCUUGUGUGCUGAGCGCGGCGUCCCGGCGGUGUCACACGAGGCCGGGUCACCUCCUGGCUCCCAGGGAGCUGUCCUUGGGGACAGGCGGUGACUCAGGGCUGUCCUGAGCCCCGGAUUUCCCGGGAGCUGGAUGCUGCGCCCUCCCCAGCAUGGCAAAUCCCUGCCAAGGGCAGGCUGGCCGGCCCCCCCAGCCCUCCUCCUCCUGUGCUCCCAGCUGGAAUUUAAGCACCUUGAGGGGGAUUUUCAGCACCUUGGCCGUGCCAGACCCCUCCCCACUGGCAGCACAAAGCCUCUUAGGGGCCUCUCCGCGGGGGCUCAGGAGGGCAGCGUGUGGCACGGAGCACGUGGGAAGCAGCAGCCUCCUGUCAAGGACGCUGGCCCUGUCCCUGGUGUCACUCACAUCCUGCCGGGCUGCCCUGCAAGGUGCCUCUUCUGCCUCCAUCUUAAAUCCCCAGAAACUUGUCCCGAGCUCCCCCCUCCAUCCUGGGGGACUCGCAGCUGUUGAGACCCGCACAGACCCCUCCACGUCAUCCCAGGACGAGGUCCCCAAGAAGCCACCCAGCCCUCGAGUGUCACUCACUAAUGAACCCCAAUUAACAGCCAGGCUCUGCUGCCUGCCAGGGAAGUAGGUGGUUCUCCAUGGAAAACACUCCUGGAUCCCUUUAAUCCUAUUUGUUGGAGCCCAACUAAUUGCAAUUAGUGGCAAGGGCUGAAGUUCAAUUAAAGUGUGCCGAGAUUA